UGGAUUAGCAAAGCGUUAUCUUGUGCCUGGGUGGAGAGUUGGUUGGGUUUUUAUUUAUGAUCAAAAUGGAAUCUUGGAUGAAAUUCGUGAUGCUUUAUUUUCACUCUCAAAUCUUAUAUUAGGCGCAAACAGUUUAAUCCAAUAUUCUAUCCCUGAUAUUAUUUUUAAUACACCCAAUGAAUUUUAUGAGGAUACAAAUAAUAAAUUAGAACAUAAUGCUUCAAUUUCUGCUGAUAUUUUAUCAAAAAUUCGAGGAUUACAUGUAAUCGUACCACAAGGUGCAAUGUAUAUGAUGGUUGGAAUUAAUGUCGAAGAGUUUAAAGAUAUCAAGGAUGAUUUGGAAUUUACUGAGAAAUUACUUGAAGAAGAAUCUGUUAUGUGUUUACCUGGCAGGUGUUUCCAUUAUCCUAAUUACAUACGAAUAGUUAUUGCACCACCUCCGGAAAAAUUAAAGGAGGCAUAUGGCAGAAUUAGUGAAUUUUGUAUUAGGCAUCAUAUUUAA